GACAAUACCUGUGUGCAGCCUGACUCCUGCAGGACUUUGCAGAUCUGGUGCAUGGUGAUUUUGACAGUUUACAGAGAAGAUGAUGCUCUCCGGGCUUCUCGCCGUCUUACUGACUGUUCUCAGCUUCUGUGAGAGCAAACAGAAAGACAUGUACACCUUCAAGGUGGUGAACAGCAGAGGGAAGUUAGUUUCCCUGGAGAAAUACCGGGGCUCGGUGUCCCUGGUGGUGAAUGUAGCCAGUGAAUGUGGCUUCACAGAGGAACACUACAAAGACCUGCAGCAGCUCCAGCGGGACUUUGGGCCAUAUCACUUCAACGUGCUGGCAUUCCCCUGCAACCAGUUUGGGCAGCAGGAGCCCGGCAGCGACAAGGAGAUUGACAGCUUUGUACGCAGAGUCUACGGCGUCUCCUUCCCCCUGUUCAGUAAAAUUGCUGUUGUCGGAACUGGAGCCAACAAUGUCUACAAGUACCUGGUCGAGGCUUCUGGAAAAGAACCUGAUUGGAAUUUCUGGAAGUAUCUGAUUGAUGUUGACGGCAAAGUGGUGGACACAUGGGGACCAAAAGUGCCUGUGAAAGAAAUCCGACCUAAAGUAGCUGAACUGGUGCGGCAGAUAAUCCUAAAGAAGAAAGAAGAGCUUUAACCCCUUGUUUCAACACAGUGUUUUGCAGAACGAGAUUCAAUACGAACUAGACGGACAAACGGAAAGCUUGGAUGUUGUUUGUACAAUCUGACUGUUUAAUAUGAUAAAGCAAAAGCAAAUUCUAAUUGCUUUCGGAAAGCACUGAUGUAACACCACUAUGUUUAGUCAAUGUUUAGUUGUAUCAGGUGCACGACUUUAGAAACUGCGGUUAUAUGCCUAAGAACCCUGUUUGUAAGUCAUGUGGAUUUUAUGUCUGAUUUGUGGAAUACAUUUUUGAUACCUCA